GAUCUAAGCCCCACCCCCGGUAGUUCCGCUUCCGGCAGCACCAGAUAAGUCGCGAGAGGAGAGUUAAAGCCUUGCCGUUUGCAUUUAGGACCACUGGGUUCACGAUGGUCCGCAGCGGGAAGAAUGGCGACCUUCACCUGAAACAGAUUGCGUAUUAUAAACGGACAGGCGAGUACCACCCAACUACACUGUCAAGUGAGAGAAGCGGCAUAAGACGAGCAGCGAAGAAAUUUGUCUUCAAAGAAAAAAAGCUGUUUUAUGUUGGAAAAGAUAGAAAACAAAGUCGUUUGGUAGUUGUUUCAGAAGAGGAGAAGAAGAAAGUCCUAAGGGAGUGCCAUGAAAACGGCACUGGAGUUCAUCACGGCAUCUCCAGAACCCUCACGUUAGUGGAGUCCAGUUACUACUGGACCUCUGUGACCAAUGAUGUCAAACAGUGGGUGUAUGCUUGCCAGCAUUGCCAAGGAGUAAAGAGCACAGUGCUGGUGGCACCUGAGCAGCGCCUCCUCACCGUGACAAGCCCGUGGAGUGUAGUGACUGUCGAUCUGAUGGGACCCUUUCAUGCAAGCGACAGGAGUCAUGUGUAUGCUAUAAUCGUGACUGAUUUGUUCACAAAAUGGGUUAUGAUUUUGCCUUUAUGUGAUGUUUCAGCGUCAGAAAUUUCUAAAGCAAUUAUCAAUGUAUUUUUCUUAUAUGGACCUCCUCAGAAAAUAGUAAUGGACCAAAGAGAUGAAUUCAUUGAACAGAUAAAUACAGAACUGUAUAGGUUGUUUGGUACAACACAGAUGGUAAUUUCUCAUGCUUCCGGAAGUGUCAGUCCAUCUGAAAGUACACCUGGCACAAUCAAAGCCUUUCUCUCCAGAUACUGCGCCGACCACCCCAACACCUGGGAUGAGCAUCUACCAGCACUUUCCUUUGCCUUCAACGUGACUCACUCAGAGCCGAGUAAAAACACACCGUAUUUCCAAAUGUUCAACCGGAAUCCUUGUGUGGUAGAGUGUCCUCAUGACGUGGGUGGGGAAAAUACAAGCGUGUUUGCCAGAAUCAUAGCUGCCAUUAGAGAGGCUGAUGCAGUGUUGGAGAACAAGACACCAUCAGCCGCCCAGAUGGAGAACGACAAUUCGGAAGAAUCAAACAAAGCCAAGACUGUUAAAAAGAAACCAAAGCAGUUAAAUCCAUUUCAUUUAAAAGUGGGUCAUGAAGUUUUAAGACAAAGGAAAAACUGGUGGAAAGAUGGUCGUUUCCAGUCUGAAUGGGUUGGUCCUUGUGUCAUAGACUAUAUUACAGAAAGCGGAUGUGCUGUCCUGAGAGACAAUACUGGGACCAGACUUAAAAGACCUAUCAAAAUGUCCCACCUCAGGCCUUAUGUGAGAGAGUCCAUCGAGCAAGACAGUCUGUAUCUCUUGCAAGGUUCAGUGGUAGCAGAUCACGACUACAUCGGAUUACCUGAAAUCCCAGUUGGAGCAUACCAGGCAAAUAUUCUGGUAGAAGAUGCAACUAUUGGUGUGGCUGAUAAUGAAUUAUUGGCAUCAGGCAAGGAUCAUGGACUCUUGGAUUAUAGAAAUUCCAAAAUCUCCGCAUUGGUAGAGGAUCAGAGUUCUCUUGAGAAACAGACUUUCAGUCUCCUGGAUUCUUCAAAUCAAGUCCUUGAGUACUUAAGUUAGUAAAUACCAAAACUAAUUUCAAAUGCUUGCUUAGAAUGUAUAUAUUCCUAGAUUGUAAGCACUUUAUUAAAAUAUGUUGUAGAGAAGAAAUAUCUUAAUACAGUAUUAUUAGCUAAAUUCUGAAGGCUUAUUUUAAAACCUAUGUAAAGUUGUGACACAUUAGAAAACAAAACUAAUAUACAUAGCAGAAGUAUACAAUGCAGAGAAUUCAGGAAUCUUUCAGGGAAUAGACAAAAUCCAGUUGCUGCUUUGGAAAUAAAUUCAAGUAGAAAAUUCUCAAGCCUUCUUCUAAUAUUGGUACUGCAUUUUCUGUUCUAAAUUUUUUCAGUAAUAUUUCACCUUAAAAUAAAUUUAAAUGACUUAUGAUUUAGUUAGUAAAUGUUGAGUGAACGAUAAUAUGAACCUUUUUUUCUGUGACAUUGGAACUUUUUAACGUGUGUGUGUGUGCGUGUGUGUGUUUCUGACUGUGACUCUGUGUGUGCAAGUACAGUGCCUGUAAAGGCUAGAAGAAGGUGGUGGAUAUUCUGAAGUUGACAUUACAGAUGGUUGUGAGCCAACCACUGGGAGAAUUGGGAACCACACUUGGAUCUGCUGUAUCAGCAGGAUAUACUGUAGCUAAAAGGCAAGAGACUAUCAGGGAAAGAAUUAAUCCUCUGACCUCAUAAUAGAGACCAAAGAAAUUGCAAAUAGAAUUCUAGAAAGAAACUGUAAAAAGAAAAACAGAGAAAGAAGAGGUGUGAUUGUGCCUCCUCUGCUCUCCUCAGUGGAGCUGAGUUCAUGAAGGGAUUCUACUACAAUGCCUACAUGGUAGAUAAAGUGGUCCUGUCAUUUGUCAUCUCAGUGAAGUCACUUUCUUCUGUUUCUUUUAGAGAUCAUCUGACUUGACAUUGGCCUAUUUAACUUGUUCUAUUUAAGGAGGCCAGUUAGCAUUCAGAUUCAUUUCUGAAUUACAGAUUCUGAACAGCUAAAAUUAAGUUUUCCUUUCCUAAGUAAUUUCUCAUCAGAUUUUUGUAAUGUGUUAUGAGUCAUAUCAGGCUACAUUAUUCUCUGUGCAAAUUAUCCCCAAAUCUUAGUGACUUAAAACAAUAAAGUUUCUUUCUUGGCCA